AACCCACAGCAACUGAGCUACAGCUCCUAGUAUCGCCAGUUUUGUUUUUGACAUCCAGUUUUGUUUUGACAUCCAUAAUUAGGGUUGUCAUCAGGAAUCACAGGCCCUGUAUUACUAAGUUAGCAGGAGGACCCUCAGUGGAGCCCUGAUGAAAAAUAAAAGCCCAUGCACUCAUGGCUAAGCCCCUGACCCACCCAGGCACACCUAUUAUGCCAAAAUCCUGCCCAAUUAUCCAACAAACCCUUGCCCACACCCUUGCAAGCCCCAUACCCUUUACAACCUUUGAAAUGAAUUCUUAUAUCACUGGGGUAGCUCCUGUAUCCCCCUGAUGGUGGCCCUGUCCAUGAUGUAUAUCCUUAUGUAACAUAACUACAUAAUGUGUUGCAGUAUAGUUGGUUAUUAGUAUUUGAAUCCUAGGUCCAAGUGGCCCUGAAGCUGGGGUACUAAGCUAAAUGCUAAUUUUUCUCCAGCCCAUGAACCAUAUAUGUUAUGUGCACCAUAAUGUUUGUGAAGCUGAAGGCUUAGGAAUGUAUCCACCUGCUCUACCCUGAUGCUGGCAGUGCUUAAUGCUACAGUAUAGUGUCCCAUGUACAGUGCAACAGGUUCUUCCCCCAGGCCCCAGCCUACACUGCUCAAAUCUCCUCUGGUGAAUUUGGAAAACAGAUAUUGUACUUGCACAUAUUCACUUGGCACCAGCCACAUACUGCUUUACCCAUAGAUACAGGUGAGAGGUGAGUUGUGACAUGUAAUGGGUAAAGAAAGAACUUAAAGUGUAUAUAGGGUGAUGCUGCUGUAACACAACAGGACCACCAGGAGGGGGAGCUAAGGUGCAAGGUGUGGUUUUAGGAAGUUGCUGAUAUACAGUAGAUUAGAAAUGUGCAGUAACUUCUAGCAAAAACUUUUCAAUUAUGAUUUUUUUUGUAAAUGUUUUUAUAUUGCAUUUUAACUAUAAAACAGUACAGUUGUGGAAAAGUAGUACAGGAGUUAUAUUGGGUAAUGAGAGUCAGUUACAGAGAGCCCUUGUAGGUAAUACAUUAUUUUAAUUGGAACUGUACCUUACACUUAGGAACAGUUAGUAAUAAUGCCUGGGGGAAUUUGACAUUAGUCAGUAAGCCUGCUUUGCAGAUGCCCAUAUUUGCCCUCUAGUGUUUUUCAUUUAUCUGCUGAGCCGGUAGCAGUGGUACAAAGCCACUUACUCUUUCUGCAGCAAGUGUAGCUGCCAUUUCUGUGGCUUACUGACACCUCAGGGCACCCCGGGCUGAAAAUAACCCUUCUGAGGUACAGAUGCUUCUUGCAAAAUUAGCAACAUUUGUUUUUUUAUUUCACCAUUUGAGGAAUGGGACAGCUUAUCCUUAAUAUAUUCUAGCUGCUAUGAUGAUUAGUAUUUAAUUAUGGGGAGGUUAAUGGGGAGGCAGGCAUCAAAAUGCUGAGAAGCAGGUUUCCACUAGGGGAUUCCUAGUGCCGGCUGUGCUUUGGGGGAACUCUCUGCCGUUCCAUGAAUGGUUAGCAUGCUGUAUUGGUGACUGAGCCUCAGUCCCCAGGGGGUUGUGGAUGCUGUAUGAUGUAACUUGCCUCCCUGCAGCUCAUUCACAUCUGCUUGGUAGCAGUAGGCAUGGAGCCAAGACUCCACCCCCUAUUUAGAUGAGGUCAUCCUGUCCCUAUUUUUUUUUUCCUUCCAGAUACUACACAGUCUGCACUGAAUGAGCAGCAGGCUCAUAUCUUUUCCACAGGAGCACAGUCUGUUGGAAGACACCGACACCAGCCUCUUUCUCUGUGGGUCUUUCUCAUUCCUUUAGCAUCUUGUCACGCUGAAGCAUCAUUACUGUUAUCCGGUAUGCAGCAUCAGGACCACGGCUCCUUCUGACUGCAAGCAUUUCCAUCAGCAGCGGGGCAUCACACUGCCUGUUUCAUCUCAUAUGUUUAUCCAAUUUUUCCAGAGCAGUCUGUGUAGCACAUCAGACCCAACAGCGGCAGCCUAAUGAGGAGCCUGUAGAGGAAAACAGCCCAGGUUUAUGCACAGCAGCAUGGCCAGUAAGUGGAUUGGAGCAAGCCAGAGGAAGGAGCAUGUUUGGGGAUGCUGAGCUAACCUUACAUUCAGUAAAGGUCAUUGGUGUGCAAAGAGCAGAUGUGUUGCAGGGCAUUCUCUACUAUUUCACUGCCUGAACUCAUGAUAUUUAACUUGUUUCUGUAUCAGGACUGCAUCAUGCACUGUGGAGCGUAGCUAUCACUCCCCAGGAUUUGUUGGGACUCUGCUUGAUAUUGCCAUCAUCUCCGGAUUCACCCAUGAGCUGCAGUGUGGGAAACAAACAGGUUUGCUGUGCAAGUUUAGGCAGUCAGAACCCCAAGCCUGUUUGACUGGAGACUGUAGAAUGAAAACAAACCCGCAGGCAUCAGCCAAUUGCAGCACUGACCACAAGGGAUCUCUACGCCUGGAAGAGCCACAGGGAGCAGCUCACAUUCACAAUGGCCAAUGAACCAGUUAUACUAAAUGUCUAUGACAUGUACUGGAUCAACGAAUACACCUCAACCUUGGGAAUUGGAGUAUUUCAUUCAGGGAUUGAAAUCUAUGGAAGAGAGUUUGCCUAUGGAGGACACCCUUAUCCAUUUAGUGGGAUUUUUGAAAUCACCCCUGGCAAUGCCGCAGAGCUUGGAGAAACAUUUAAAUUUAAGGAAGCCAUUGCCCUUGGGACCACAGAUUUCACAGAAGAAGACAUUGAUAACAUAAUGGAGGAGCUAGGAAAGGAAUACAAAGGAAACGCCUAUCAUUUAAUGCACAAAAAUUGCAACCACUUUUCUGCAGUGUUGGCAGAGAUGCUGUGUGGGAAGGAAAUCCCAAGAUGGGUGAACCGCCUUGCCUAUUUCAGCUCCUGUAUCCCAUUCCUUCAGAGCUGCCUUCCCAAAGAGUGGCUAAUCCCAGCUGCCUUGCAGAGUCACAUCAGCCUUGGACUCCAAAGAGAAGAUCAGGGGGACACAACAGACGAUGACUCUCCAUCCACCUCUGCAGCAGGGACCACUCGAACCUGUAGACACACCAGAGUCUAACUGAUAGAUGCAUCCCUAUGGACAAUCAGUUUUCAGAUAUUACUGAAAACCUUACAGCCAGACUAAAUCUUUUUAUUUUUAUUGAAGGGUUAAUCCACUGUUGCUGCUCCGUAUUCUCCUUUUUCUGAGUGGGAUUCAUUGUGCUGGCAAAAAGAGUUUUGCCUAUGGAUAAACAAAAAAACUUGGUAACUUUUUAGCUUCAUUAAAAAGUGCAUUCCAAAAGUAA